GGAAAAUCAAAGAUGGCACCGAUGCUCGAGCGUUUCGUCAGCCCCGGGAAAGGUAACGGUCUCCGGGCAACGGCCAGGAUACGCAAAGGAGAGCUGGUGAUCUCUGCCGAGCCGCUGGCCUGCUGCGUGUCCAACAGACUGGCCAAAGAGGUCUGUCACCACUGCUUCACUCGACAUGAGAGCUUGUUGAGGUGUUCCCAGUGCAAGACGGCUCGCUACUGCAAUACCGCUUGCCAGAAACAAGCAUGGUCAGGCCAUAAGAGAGAGUGUAAAUGUCUGCAGAGCCUCCUACCCAGACUUCCCACUGACUCAGUCCGUCUAGCUGCGAGACUCAUCUUUGCUUUGUUAAGUCCGUCUAAGAGCAGCAGUGAGGAGCUCUACACUCUAGAGGAACAUGAAUCACAUCUAACUUCUAUGCCUGAGCAGAAGAAACAAGGUCUUUCUCAGCUGGCGUCCAUGUUAGAGCUGUACCUGCAACAGGAAGUUCCUGACCUGUUACAGGAAAUGGGAUCAGCACUGCCACCUUCCUGCCGAGAACCCCUCAGCCUCAUUGCCAAGGUGACGUGUAAUUGCUUCACCAUCAGUGAUGGGGAGCUGCAGGAGAUUGGAGUUGGCCUGUAUCCAAGUUUAUCUCUGUUAAACCACGACUGCCGGCCAAACUGCGUGAUGGUGUUUGAGGGGACGAAACUGGAGCUCAGAGCUGUUCGGGAUAUCGACCCUGAAGAUGAGCUAACUAUAAGUUACAUCGAGACGUUGUCACUGACUGAAGAUCGGCAGAGGCAGCUGGAGGAGCAGUACCAUUUUACCUGUCACUGCCAGCGAUGUGACUCGCGAGACAAGGAUGGACUCAUGCUCUCGGGCGAAGAAGGAAAAUGGCGCCUGCUCAAGGAGGCUCUACCAAGACUGGAAGGGCUGAAAGCCGAGUCCAAUUGGGAAAUGCUGUUGGAGAGCUGUAGGCAUCUGUUAUCAAGCGUUGGUGGUGAAGUUCCUGAGGAAAAUCUAUACAAGCUCAGAAUUACUGACAUGGCUUUAGAUGCUUCAGUUCACCUGGGACGCUGGGAGGAAGCUAUGAGUUACGGGGUGACGACACUUCCAGCAUACAGACAGUACUACCCCGAUCCCCAUCCAGUCCAUGGGAUCCAGCUGAUGAGAGUUGGAAAGCUGCAGCAUUACCUGGAAAACAUCGAAGAUGCUUUGGACACAUUCAAACAGGCUUAUGAAAUCGUAAAGUUCACCCACGGUGAAGAUCACCCAUUGACAACCGAACUAACGAUGAAGAUGAAGGAAUGUCACAGUGAGAUGGAUCAUCAUUCCUCCAGCAGACACUAAGACGAAGACAAAAGAAACGUCUUCAUGUAACUGAUUUCACUGCCUUACGUUCUUUUUAUUCAUCAACCUCAAUAAAUGGAUUUGUUGUUUUGCCAUCCAUACCUGACCUUUGUCUCAACAGUCUUAAAGUAAGGAACUGUUGUUA